AAAUGUGUUUUCAUUAUUUUUCUGUCUUUCAGAUUUUUGAAUCGAAACCAACCACUGUCUAAUACAAUUAUGUCUGCGGGAAGUGAAGACUCGUCUCGGACAUGGAGCAGUGCCAUGUUGGCACCUGAGAGUGCGAAGAAGCAGGAAGGUCUGUUCCCAGUGCUGGAAGAGCCGACAGUCAUUAUUCCAAUUGCAUCCCAGUCGGCACUCGACUACUUGAGCAGUUUAGAUCUGGAGCCUCAGUUGAAGAAGUUGUGUGUGAAGGAUGAACUGGUGUCUGCAACUUCUGCUGGGGACUCCGUCGGCACAUUCAAAGUGAGCGUGGAGCCUGUGUUCCGAUCUACUCAGGAGGUGUUGUGUGUGCAUGCCACCAGCACUGGCGAGAUAGACAGAGUCCCCUGUGGCACCACAAUCAUCGCCUACGUCACAAAGAACAUGGUCACGCUAGAGCAACACCACACUGAAUAUAUCAAGAUUGAGAACCAUUCGAUUGACCGGAAGACGUUCGUGCAGAGAGAAUCGGAUGGCUCUUACACUGUAAAACGAACUUUGACCCGAGGAAAUGGGCCAGCCAAAGAAGUUAUUCAGUCGUACUCGGCAGAAUCAAUGAUGGGAUUCAUUUCAGAGGGAGCGAACGUGGUGCUGCAGAGAUACUUCUCUUACGAGACCCCGCUCACUGAGUUGUUUGACACGAUGGACUUCAUUGCAUUCGACGCUGACUGCAAUCUGUGCAAGUCCAAUUACAAAUCUCUGGAAGACAUAGAUGUGGAAAUUGACAGCCAGCGAGUGAGAGUGAGUGGCUUCGAAAGGAGAGUCUUCCCCCACGAGCACUCCCGUCCACAGCCCCCCAUAGUGGUGGAGCCCCCCAAACUCACCCCAGACAUGGAUGCCGUGAAGGACUCCGCCAGCAAACUGCCGGCCACCUGGCAGUCUUUUUACCUCGCCUCUGGGCACCUUGCCACUCGGCUCCAGAUUGGUUCUCCAAUUUCCAUGACAAUCCUCAAGCUGCCUCUGAAACCCAUCGCAGAAGAUCUGCCUCCGAAACCAGAGGUACCCAAGAAACCACUCAGUUACGAGGACGAUGUUGAGCUCAACUCCAUAUUCAACCAAAAGAAGAAUGAGUACAAAUCGAGUCACUCGACGUACUUGAACGAACACCCUGAGUUCAACAGUCUCCUGUCCGACUUCGUGCAGUACAUUCUGCUGCGGAAGCCGAACGACGUCGUAGGAGCGGCCAGUGAUUUCUUCUCUUCCUUCUCGACCAAACAAGAAGACCUACAGCCUUAUUCAAAUGCAACUGAGUUCAGAAAGGACUUGUCAAUGAUUAGGGAAGAUUUGAAAGAGUUGUAACGACUCAACAGAACAGGCUAGAUAUGACUAAGUGAGUUGCGUAGUAAAAAUUUUUGGACAUUCGCAAAGUAUUGUAAUAAGGUCCCAUAAAAUCUAUUUUGUAUAUCAUCAACAAAUUUCAUUGUGAAUUGUACAAACUAAAAUGUAAAUAUUGU